GCUGAAGAUUAACGCUAGAAACAGCUUCUCUGGUGAUUGCGUGUGCGUGCGUCUUCAUCAUGUGAGUCAGAGGACAUAGUAUUUUCCGGUACUUCUCCCACGCAGUAACGGCUUCCGUGGGCGAUAUGUACUGGUUGUGUCAUUGCGGUAACUAGGAAGCAUUCCAAGAGCAGCAACUAUUCGCAACCGGUAAAAGGGCUUACCAGUGUUCGAGAAGCAAGAGAGCUGUGUAUUUUUCCUGUGCUAAGUUGUGGAGCCACGGUACAACCCUGUACCUUAGGCCGAUAAGCUGCAAAUGUUAUGUGUUCCGAUGAAAUUUCGCCCGAAAAAGAUAACUCACUUCAGUGGAGUUCCCGGUGCCGGAACGUCAAAUACAGCCGGUGGCGGAGGCGGCGCAGGAACCACGCGUGGCGGUGGAACCAGCAUGUACUCUGCACGGCACUCGGUCAGUUCGUCGUCCGGCGUCUUGAUGGUCGGACCGAACUUCCGGGUUGGGAAGAAAAUCGGCUGUGGUAAUUUCGGCGAACUGAGGCUAGGGAAAAACCUGUACAACAAUGAACACGUAGCAAUAAAAAUGGAGCCAAUGAAAUCAAAAGCACCACAGCUGCACUUAGAGUAUAGGUUUUACAAAUUGUUAGGAUCCCAUGAUACACAAUCCCCUCCCGAGGGGAUUCCCCGUGUGUAUCACCUAGGUACGUGUGGUGGCCGUUACAAUGCAAUGGUACUAGAACUAUUGGGACCAUCGUUAGAAGACCUUUUUACGUUAUGUGGAAGGAAAUUCUCACUCAAGACUGUACUGAUGAUAGCUAAGCAACUACUCCACAGGAUCGAGUACGUGCAUAGUCGUCAUUUAAUUUAUAGAGAUGUAAAACCAGAAAAUUUUCUAAUCGGUAGAAGUUCAAAUAAACGUGAUAAAAUUAUACAUAUAAUAGAUUUUGGUCUCGCCAAAGAGUAUAUUGACUUAGAUACGAAUAAACACAUACCAUAUCGAGAACAUAAGUCGCUGACGGGCACCGCGCGGUACAUGUCGAUCAACACGCAUAUGGGCAAGGAGCAGUCCCGGCGUGACGACCUGGAGGCACUCGGCCACAUGUUUAUGUAUUUCUUAAGAGGUUCACUGCCAUGGCAAGGUCUGAAAGCCGACACACUCAAAGAGCGAUACCAAAAAAUUGGUGACACGAAGCGGGCGACACCGAUCGAUGUGCUGUGCGAGGGACACCCAGAGGAAUUUGCGAAAUACCUGCGCUACGUGCGGCGGCUAGACUUUUUCGAAACACCUGAUUACGAUCACUUACGGAGAUUAUUUCAAGAUUUAUUCUAUUUUAAGGGUUAUGUAGACGACGGUGAAUUCGACUGGACCGGAAAAACGAUGCCGGAAAACUUCUCAGUAAUGCGUCAAUUGCGUAAUGCUCCACCGUCACACAUUGUCAAAACAAAAUCAGCGAAGUCAACGCCAGUUGGAUCGCUGCAAACCGGUCACGAAGUAGUCGUAUCACCAAACAGAGAAAGACACACACCUGUAAAUAAGGAUGGUGACUUUUUUAGCUAUUACGAUGAGGAGUUGAAUGACGACACGCUCUACAUUCUUGAAGAGCAGCAGACGAACUCAAAGGGAGGUGUCGCCGCUUGGCCGGACGUGCCCAAACAGACUGGAACUCUGGGCAAUCUAACGCCGGCCGACCGACAUGGUUCAGUUCAGGUCGUAAGUUCAACCAACGGAGAAUUGAAUGCCGAUGAUCCUACCGCCGGACAUUCGAACACACCCAUCACGCAGCAGCCGGAAGUGGAGCUGGUCGACGAAACAAAAUGUUGUUGUUUCUUUAAACGAAAGAAGAAGAAAUCAUCCCGCCAGAAAUGACUAGACGCAGUGCAAUGUAGUCCGGAACGUGAGGCCGUAAAGCUGCUACGAGCCACGUCACACUCCAACUCGCGUGACAGCGUGCUGAAUCCGAGUCAGGAUUACAUCCAGGCGUCGUCACAGCAUACGAUCAGAUAUCCAUCCACCUCUGUACUGGCAUCGACACCGACCGCCAACACGCCGACACUUCCAUUGUAAUUUAUUGCUAACAAUUAUUAUACUAAUCCAGAUUAAUAAUUAAUUAAAUAUUAAAUUAUUUAUUAUAAUUUACCGCGCGGUGUAACCAUCCCCACAUACACAAAUCGAACGACACAAACAAAACAUGGUAAAAACUCUCCGUUCGUGGCCACGAUCCCCGUAAUUACGCUAUUCUGUCGCGUACCGUACGAUUCUUUCCCAACGCCCAAAACACAACCGUGCCCCCGUUGCUGUGUUGAACAAAAAUGCGAACAAAAAUUUGGAAAUCCUAAUGCCGCACGCGUGUGUGUGUUGUUGAUUCGUCCCCGAUCGGAUCAUCUCCAUUUAUCUUCGUGCGUAUGUAACGAGUAGUGACUUUGAUGAUGACAUUGAUUUCGAUCCUGAUGACCUUACGAUCCUGUUACACUUUUUCCGCAAGCUCUGAGACCGACUUUUGAUCUCUGCAAAGGGACCCUAACAACGACCACAACCAUCACCACUCUAUAUAAAUAUCAGCAACAGACUGUCCGUCCUUGGUAGCUCUAAUAGUAGAUCAUCAUAUCAACGCAUCCAACUUCCAAUACUACUCCUACUUUUACUAUUGAUACUUGAACCAACUAAACAGUACAACUACAACAGAACAACAACUGUGUUACCAACAAUUUCUCCUUCGUGACGCACCUAAUGCUACUUUUUCCUAUUAGAAAUCUCCAAAAAAAAAACAAGUUCCCUCCCAAAGUUCAGUGCACGAUUCCGAUCGCUAACAGUGGUUUGUUCCAAGCAUGUAGGAAAGCAAGAAGUCUUGACAAUCCUCGUUAGCCACUUACCACCCACCAACAUUGGAUGUAUUCCUCGUGCACUGAUCUUGUUUCGGCAGCUUCUCUCACCCCCUUUAUCUUCCGCGUGUUGUAGAUGAGAUUUGCAAAAAUAAUAUAUAGAACAGGACAAACCGUGCCCGAUUUUGACAUUCCGUUCCCAGAGCAAAGUUGGACUCUGAGUUCUUUCGGUUAAGGAGCAACAUCCUUAGUUCAUACAAUAGCAUUUCUCUGUCAAACAGGAACCUCACAUAACAACCUAGACACACACACAUACAUACUCACACUCCAUACAUAGCCGUAGCAGGAACCGGAAAGUCAUUCUAUUUUCGUCUGUAUCACGGAUCAUCAUCCAAACGGUCCUUCUCGGAACCACUUACUUACUAGUCCGUCGCGCGCAGAAAUACUUUCAGAUCAUUAUACAUAUUUGUUUCUAUACGUAUAACAAUCAGAGCCGCGUGUUACGUUAAACUACUUCCCCCCGGGGGUGAAUUCAGAGCAAUGCAUUCAUUCAUUACCUACCGCUCGGCGGAAUAAGAACAAGGGUUGUGAUUCCUGUAGUGUAUAAUGAUGUUCUUCACAACUUGAAAAUCGGCAUCCCCGGGACACUCGUUCGGCCGAGAAAAGAUGUGCAUUUAUGGUGUCUCCUGCGACACAACACACCACUGACACUUUGUUCAGCAAAAAAAACUGUGUUAGUAAUUUACUACAGACCAUUCUCAUUCUUCGGAACAACCAUAUUCGAAACCGCGUAUAAGUGAGAGAGAGAGAAAAAAACAUUUGAAGAAUGCUUCCCCUUCCGCACUGCUUCGCGCAUAAAGUGGCAAGCCAUUCGGAACAAAUCAGUCAUUUCUUACAAAUCAUGGAUAGGAACUCUCAAACAAACAAACAAACAAACAAAUAAGCAAGUAAAAUGAUGAAAAGCGACAACUUUCAAUUUGUGAAGUGUGGAAAAGAAGAUAAAGGAAAAAAAAUGGAAACCUUGUAGGGCAGCAUGUUGUUUUUUUUUUAAAUUAAAAACUAAAGUAAUUGAAUGCAAGUAAAAUCACUAACUAGAUAUCGUUUCUGUUUUUCUUUUAUAAAGUGUAAUGUGUUUUUUAAUGAUAGAACAAACUGAAAGAGAUGAACAAAACACAGGGUUUGGACGAGCGAAUUGAAUGAUGCGCGUGUAUAAUUAUUGCUUUUGUGGUUGCGUUUAUCAAUUGCGUAUGUAUCUAGAGGUACUGAUUUAGAAGAGAGAAAGUUGAAAAAGAAGAACCGUACACACACACAUAUGUGUACGUGUAUGAGCAACGAUGACUCUGUUGAAUUUUUUUUCUCUUUUUUUCUUUUUCGUUUAAUCUAAUUGUGAUAUAAGUAGUUUCUUUUGUAUAGUGUAUAUUUUUACAGCGUAUCAAGUUAGUGUAUUUAAGUCAGCAAAAACAACUACUAGACUAGCAAAUGAGAAAGAGAGAAAAAACAGAUGCAGUUUUCGAAUCGCAGUAAGCUGUGAUAAAUAUCUGAAAACUGUAGAAAAAGAAUAAAAACGGCUGUAGCAGUUUAAAGAUAUAAACAAAGUACGUAUCGUUUGAGUUCUUCAAUAUUGUUUUGGUUGAAUUUCACAUCCUUUUGUUGCCUUUCAGUGGAGGAGUGUAGUGUGGGUAUUGAGCAAUUCCAUUCAUGUUCGGAACAUACCCUCAUUGAACCGCGCGCCCGUUUGACACAUAGUAAUUGUAGUACUAGAAUGCAAUUAAAGUUUGAAUAUUUAAAUAUAGCUAACUCCGGAACACUUUUUACGAUUUCAAGAUUUGGAUAGAUAUCUGUUUUGACUGAAAUGAUGCGGAAUGAUUUGUUCUAGGAUACGUAAAGAACCUAGAUACGCAAAGCCUAACUAUAAUUUCGAAUUCUAAUUCUCCAUUAUGUGGUGUUUAGCUAUAACAACGGAAAAAAAUCGACACAACUAUCGGUUGAUAUCAUUGUUAACCAGAUAUGCAAUUUGAAAUUGUCCGUUUUUUCAUUGGAAAGAUCACAUAAUUUUUAGGAGAUACUUGAAAUAUUUUUAUUCGACUAAUCAUCGUUUGAUACAACAAAUUUUGCCCAUCUCUUAGGCAAAUUGUGGGUUUUUUCCAGUAUUUUUUUGUUCCGAUGGAAACCGUUCACCGGCCCUUUUUUCGAAAUUUAUUUUCGGCGAAAUGCUGCUCUGCAAGUGAAUGUCCCAUUGGAACAAAAAGGUGAUAAUGGUCUGGAGUAUACGGCGAGUGCGUUAACGUUUCCUAGUUAAUAGUUUUUAUUGCGUCCUUCACGGCUUCAGCGGUGUGCAGCGGUGCGUUGUUAUGCUGUAAUACCACUUUACCGUGACUUCGGCCCAAUUCCGGUCUUGUUUUCCAUCAAUGCAAAGUUUAAAUUUUACAUUCGUUGUUCAUAUUCACUAUUUCACCCGAUUUUAGUAGCUCACCAUGCCUGAAUAAUCCCACCAUACACAGAGCAUCGUCUUGAGAACUUUGAAUGUUCGAAAUUGAUGUGCAUGAAUUCGACUAUAGUUGGAUUGAUGUUAGGACGAAUUCCCUCGCCGCUAAUAGGUCACAAUUUGCGAUCUCAAAUACUGCUCUCUAGGUAUACGAUCGUUUGUUUUCUAUUUCAAUGGUACAUGAAAUCAAAAACGAAUUCAGGUAAAGUAUCUGUACCUUAAAGGGUGUCCCACAUCAAAUUGCAUCACGGAAAAAAUGCUGUAGAAAAUUACUCAGUUGACCGAUCCUGUUCAAACUUUCAGACAAUAAAAUAUAACCCAUUAGUAAGCUUUUGGCAUGUUUAUUUCAUUCAACUUUAAUACCAUAACCGUGUGCUCGCAUCUUACCCUUAACUCUACUCAUAAGGUUCUGUACAAAAUCUGGCUGUACCUUCUUCUGUACGGAAACCCACUUUUUCUUCAUGUCAUCCUCAGAUUUGACCUCCUUGGGAUGCUUCCGUAGUGCCCGCUUCAUAGUAGUCCUAUAUUUUUCGAUGGGCCUUAGUUCAGGUUCGUGGGGGUGGGUUCACAUGCCCUUGGGUACGAAAGUGACGUCGUUGGCUUCGUACCACUCCAGGACAUCCUUCCAAAAGUGGCACGAAGCCAGUUCCGGCCAGAAGAUCGUAGGGCCCUAGUGUUGCUUCAACAGAGAAAGCAGACGCUACUCUGAGGUAGAUCUGCCCGUUUACAGUCCCGGUUGUCACGAACGGCGCACUCCGUUUGCCACAUGAGCAGAUCGCUUGCCAAAUCAUGUAUUUCUUGGCAUACUUUGAAUCUUUCUGCUUCCUUACUUCCUCCUGAACAUCAAACUUGUGCUGGGCGGUGAGGCCUCGGAAGCUGCCGGAAGUCCGCCUUGACGUAAGUCUCAUCAUCCAUGAUGAGACAAUGAGGCUUCGUCAGCAUCUGGGUGUACAGUUCCCGUGACUUUCUCACGGUAUUUUGCCGUUCGUCACAAUUUAGAGUCUUCUGCACUUUGUAUGUAUGCAGUCCCUCCGGGUCCUUAGCUCUCUGCACGAAAGACUUGAACAGAUUCAAUUUUUUGGCCACGCCCCCGACCGAAGCAUUGGGAUUCCGCUUAAACGCUUUCAUCAUUCUGGCCGCAUUUCUCCUUCCGUUCGAUGCUCGGCAUUUCGUAGUAACGUUUAAUCACACGACUCACCGUUGACUGCACAAUUUCGAGUUGUUUUCCUAUGUCCCGAUGAGAGAGUUGAGGAUUUUCCAGGUGUUUGCGCAAAAUCAAUUCGCGACGUUGUUUUUCGGGUGACGUAAUUUUUUUACAAUUUUCGUAAAACUCAGCGAUAAAAAUACAGCGUAAACAAUACACUCUGAACUACUUCUAUCCAAAUUUUCAAGAAAAAAUAUCCAAUAGGUAAUUUUCUACAGCGUUUUUUUUCAGUUAGAAAACGAACUUCGCCUUCUUCGAACGCCUUCAAUCUUUGGUUUAUUGAUGAAUCGCGAUGUGAUAAGAUGAACACCUUUAUUCUUUGGAGUGUGAUCGGAUUUCACGGAUUUACGUUUGAUUCGAGAUCGGAUUGAAGGAAGGAAAAUCCUAAUCCUAGCCCAACCGAUUGUAUCGCAUCAAAUGAUUAUCAACAUACUGCCUAAUAAUUCAAAUGGUAUACGUAGAAACUGCCGUCUUGAAUAACUGAACAAAGUGUUGCGUUCGAGAAGUUUUUGCAAUUCGCACGUUUUAUAUCUGUUUCAAAACUACCACCAACGAAAUAAAUUUGAAGUAACUCGAGUUCUUCAUGCCCUGGCGGCAAUCAUUAUGGUGACUUUGCCCUCGAGUCUGUCCCUCUGUAACCAAAAAAUAUUUUAAUAUGAAAUGACGGAUCAAAAAGGGGAACCAGUCUACUCAAUUUGUGAUGAGGAGUCUCCGUAUUUUUAUUGAUAUAAUAAUAAUAGUGUUCUAUUCCAAAAGACGAGCGCUCGUUUCGUUUGUUUGUCGUUGUAAAAAAAGUCACAGGAGGGUUGUAUCCAAGACACGACCGCAUAGUUGACGUAGGAUUCCGUUAGGCUAUCUGCUGCAUGCUGAUUUUGGAUAAAUUGUAAAUCUCUUCGAUAAUGAUUUGGGUCCGUUUUGUCUGGUUGUGAGGAAAUGUUUGUUCACUCCACCAGUGUCCAUAACCGAGUGAUAAUGAUAGAAGGAUGGUGAUUAGUCAUUAGAUAGUGCGUAUCACGUACCAAAGCCGCCCUCUGUAUUCCUGGACGAGAUGGCUCCUGUGUAAUGUAUGGAUGAAAUAAAGAAAAAAAGCUCAUCAAUCAUCAUCGAACACAAAUUUUAUCACCAGAAAAAAGUGUUACUUUAGUAUAGAGAAAAUAUAUUUGAAAUGGAAAAGGUAAUUUCAUUUAUAAUUUUUUUCUGAGUGUUUAUUCAACCCAUUUCCUUUUCGCUUUAAACCCAACGGAACACGAUGCUACAUGCCUCAAGGCGAAUUUCAAUUGAGCUAACAGCACCCAAUACGAUGUGGAAUCACUUUUUCGAAUACUCCUUCAUUUUUCCAAUUUUGCUUGUCGCAUGAACUUUCGUUGGGAGAAAAAAAAAUUGUUUCAUAUUUCAAGUCAUUUUAACACAAUAGCUACCAUAUACAAUUUUACAUUUACAGUUCUGCUAAAAGUUUCAAAACACAUGAUCGGUCAUUGAUAUGAAAUUUCACGAAGCAACCAACAUAAAAGUUCCAAAUUUUAAUUUUAUUUAUAUUCCAUCUAGCAUAAGUUCUAUUCAGCUCAUUGAAACAUCAUUCUUCAAUCUACCUAUCGAUAUAUUCUUAUUGGAACGAAAAUAACAAAAAAAAAAACUCGUUCAUCACUUCCAACUUAUCCGCCAGCACGUAUGCAAUCAGCAAUGCCCACGCUAGUUACAAUGAGCACUAUCCAUUUGUGCGCGUCGUUAGUUAAACUAUCGACCAUGAGGGUAUUUACAUGCUGAUUUCCCCCAGACACCUUGGAUUUGAAAUCUCUGUUAGGGAAUACAUGUCGGUGAGAAUAAAAGCUCCCCCUACUUUCAUGUAUCUGCGAUGCCGAUUUCCCCCAGGCAGCUUGGUUUUGAUGUCUCUGUUAGGGACCCGCCGCAUGUGUCGUCAAUUUCGACCUAUCAGAAGUGGGUAUUUCCGUUAGGAUAGGGGUUGAGAUUUUUCAAUUGUUCGAUAGUUAGUUUCAUGACAUAUAUUAUUUUAGUGAAUGUAAAAAAUUGUUAUGGAUUGCCGAAAUUGAAUGACGCAAAAAUCUCAUCAAUCCAUCAUAAAAUGACUGAGCAAUAAGCAUUUGAAAUUGGACAAUUUUCACGGUGCGCUCGAUUUUCGAUUUUCAAUUUGUACCACAAUAUGUUCCCAAAAGACGUAAUCCUACGUCAAAACUGUUUGCACAUUUAUUUUUCAGUGUACAUUGAUUUCAGCCCUUCUUUGCAUGAUUUUUUCUUUAUUGGUAGUUUGUUCAUCUUGUUAACACGUUAAGCCCAGAUUUUUCCUGCUGCGCUUUUCAUUCAGCCUGCAUCAAGAGCGUUUGCACAGUAUUAGUGUCGGUCCCAAUCUCCAAUGAUAUCUAUUGUAUAAAUAAAGAAUAGUCAGCAAUUCGACUAGGAAGUAGUCAAAUUUUUAAAAACACCCGAAAAUAAACCGUAUAUAGGGCCCUAUUCCAGAAGACGAGGCGAGCAGACGAGUGCAUCGAAAAAUAAAAUGUUUAAAAGUUAUAUGUUUGUUACUUAUUGAUGGCUGAACCACCGGUAGUCUUACGUCCACCUUGCGGUUAUAUCACAUAUACAGCCCACAUCUAGUUUUUUUUUGCUAUAAAUGUGAAAAAACUAUAUUAUUUUAUUGUAUAAAAUAAUAUAGUUGUAUAAUGUCAAGGAAAAUGCAUGCACGAAAAGUUUUAAAUCUUUUUAAAACUCCGUUAUAAAUCGUUGAUUAAGUGAAUAAACAUUGGCCCCGAUAACUACAUAAUAACUAAACGUCUGAGUAAUGAAACCAUAUGAUUGAUGAAAAAAUAUCAAUAGAACAAUAUUUUUCCAUUUUAGUAUUUUGAUACUGAGAAAAGAUUGAUCAAUUUUAGAAAUGUUUGGUCAACGUUUGUUGCUAUUCUCAAAACAAAGACAUAUAUUUACAUCCGACAUCCCUGUUCGUAUCAAGUGACAGAAAUCUUUCCAGUCCACCAAAUGAUAAAUUGUGAGACAUUUCAAUAACGCAUGUCUUCUGGAGUAUUCUAUUUUGCUUGACUUGAGCUGCUCGUAAAUCGAAAAAUUAACGCGAUCAUAAGUACCUAGGAUACAAAGAGCCCUAUUUAAAAAAUCGAGUCGAUAAGAAUUUUCCUCGUUAGAUCUAUUUUACUAUUAUAGAUACCGAGCAAAUCGAUAGCAUCGACCGAGUGAAUGGUAUCGAUGCAAGCGUAAUAAUUUUUCGAGUUCUAUGCUUUGCUUGUUGCAUAUCUUCAGGGAAUUAUUUUGUUUUUGUUUGCGUUCCUGAUAUUUUCCUUCGGGAAACGUUUCAGAAACGCUUAAAUAUAUGCAAUUUUCAAUACAUGAAUCUCGAGCUCGGUAAGAAAUUAUCUCGAUUUACAAAAUACGAAAUUUUGCUCGGUGUGAUAGUGAUAGUGAUUGUAUCGACUUCUCGAUAAGAUUUACACAAUAGAGCCCAAACAUUUAAAACCGAAUCGAUUGUCAACGAAUACACAACUUCAUAAUAUUUCUUGUCUGACGGGCCACAUUCCUUUUUGUUGGAACAUUCAGCUAUCUAAGGAUGUCCAAUGAAUAUCUUCUUGCAGAGAAGUUCAUCGCAGCAUUCAAUCUAGAAAAAAAAUUGGCAAGCAUUCUUUUGGAUGCAACAGAGGAGGUUCCAAUUUCUUUCAAAGCACUAAGGAAUGCUACAGCAACAAACUCCAGGCAAGUCUUCAACUAAGACGACACUGGAAUCGUAGACCAUCCCUUCCAAGACCUCGUCCAGGAUUCACAUCGGUUACGCAGAAUCAGUUGAUGGUUUCUAUUUCCUGAUAAUAGUCUAUCCCUACUCCAAGUGUCCUGUAGUGUACCGGACUGAUCAUAGGAGAACUGUCGCAUCAUUUGACAAUACGGAGUAAUCGUAUCCGACAACGACACUCUCUUUUCAAGCCACCAACUUAAAGCUUCUUGUUUCAGUCAAAACAUUCGGCACAUUCGCAUUGCUUCGUUUCAUCCUGAAUCCAACGACCUCGCGGAGAGAUUCGUUGACGCAUAACGCCGUCAGAUGAACAACCAACGUCACUAUUGAUCAGUUUCGUAUUAACCUGCGACCGCCUGUAGAAAAAGUUGUUCAUUCAUUAUUCACCGCUAUUAGAUAGAGGCCAACGGAUGAACACCACUGCCGUACCUCUCGGUUGUAGUGACUAGUGCUUGGAAAUAUCUGUUUCACAUCAAUCUUUUCAGCUGAAUUUCCGACCACAUUCGAUAAUUAUACCAUUGCAUUCGGGAUACCGAAAAUGAACCAACGCCAAACCUCACAAUCACAGCAAGCAUUCUCUUUUUCGUUUUGCUCUGCGUUCACGGAAUGUGAGCAAAAGGAAAUAUCCCUAGUUUUGUCAUUCAUUGAUAUUAAUACACCUGUUCAUUCACUGUCAGCCUCGUUCUCGGACACUGACCAAACGGAGAAAUUCGUUGAGGAAGAUAACGAAGAACAGAAUGCUCACAAUAGUGACAAGAAAUUGUUGAAGCAUGCAAGGUUUCCGUCUCAGUCAAAAUGCUUUCAUUUUACAUUGUGAAUAUGCAACUCUAAUUACACUUGUCAGAAAUGCUUCAAAAACAAAAUAAUCUUGACUCGAAUUUCAAACAUUUAAUUUUUGAACUUCAAAAAUAACUGAAUAAGCAAGGCAUUGACUCAAUGAGAAAAUCAGACACUUAUCGGGAUGUUGAAAAUGAACAGUCACAACAUUCCUGACAAUUCAAUAGCAAUGAAUAAAUGUGAAUGAAUUCUCAUGACUCGAACUUUAAGGAAAGCUCAGAGAGCACAGAAUGAAUAUAAAUGAACACAGUUGUAAAUUUGUUUGGUCUUUAGAGACGAAUGAACUGCAAAAGUUUAAAGUUUCUAUAAUACAAGACCUUCCUUCCUUUGUUUGGUGUCGAAUGAGUGACAGCAGCAUCGACAAGUAAAAUAAACGCGUUACACUGAUAAAAAUAUAUUUUCAAUAUUACUUAACAAACUCAAUAUUUCCAAGCCCUGGUAGUGACAGCUUGUUAAAUUUGACCAUAACAUCACAGGUCCAUUAUUAAUGUACAGUAGGAUAAUCUUAUUCAGACACUUUUUCUUGUACAUAUUCGAGGACUACGGACUAGGGACAACAAACAGGUUUUUCGUUUGCACCUGCGAAUUUCUUGCCAGGUUAUGAAUUUUGAAAACGUCGGUAGAGUUAGUCAAUUCAACAAAUUUGUACCUGAUCAAGUCGUUUUUCCGACGUGGAUGUCCCAAAUCAAUUCUCGCUUAACUUUUGAAAAGGUCCUAUGUAACAAAAGUAAACAAAUCAAGUUAAUGGAUGCACGCUAUUAGUUUUCAAUCAUUGAAUGCAUUACAAAAACAAUCGUUCAUGUAUCUAUCUUCUUCAUCUUUUUAUCGCCGAUACAAAAAAUAUCCAAUGUGCAGAUUCGGAUUUUAAGCAUUCGGCUGUUACUUCGGACGCCACUUUCCUCCGACACUCGGAACGUCCGAAGUAACAGAGCAGUCAAAACAACACGAAGUCGUACUUUGGUCGUUUUGAGUUUUUGUUUCCUUCGGGCGUUGUUAGCGAUUUCAGUGCAAUUCAACGAGUGAUAACAACAAUAAUCUGUCAUUAGAACGAAAUGCUGAUAUUUCGAUUGCUGUUUAGUAGUUAGUUUCAGAUUCUCAUCGUGCAACGUAAUAUGUCUAAUGUGCAAACGCGGCAGUCAAAACGUCCAAUGUAACAUUUUUCGUUCCUAGGCUUCAAAUUUAAGCUCAAAUCACGGAACAACAGUUACGAUUGGUUUUUCAGAGUUAUUCUUGACUGCUAGUGGUGAAAGUAGCGAUAGAGAUCGAUACCUUUCAAGACAAUUCGUAGAUUAAUGUUCGGGUCUUCAACUUCGUUUUUCUCGAGUUGACGAAAAUGUUACAUUGGACCUUUUCAAAAGUUACGCGAGAAUUGUUUAGUAACGAAAUCUUCACUAAUUGAAAAGGAACACUGAUUUCGAACCAUGCACCCGUGGCCGAGUGGUUAGCGUCUCACAUUAUCAUGCCGGGUGUUCGGGUUCGAUUCCCGUUCUGGCCGGGGGAUUUUUCGUGAAAGAAAAAUUUCCUUCGUCUGUGGUCACGCGUAUUCAAGAGCUUGCCCCUCGGAAUACAUUCAAGGCGUGUUAUUUGGCUUAAGAAAUCUCAACUUAGUAUUAGCAAAUGACGCUAGUUAGUAAAUACGUUGAGACGGUAAAAGCUCCACAGGGAACGUUAGAGCCAUUCAAGAAGAAGAUGAUAUCGAAGCAUUACAGAAACCUAUCUAGAGGGGUAUUGAAAUAAUCAGUAAUCCGGAGAAGUGGAGAAGUAUAGAGUUCAAUGCGUCAGAGGAUCGCAAUUAUACAGACGCACGGCGGAAACAUAUUACACCAUGGAUUGAAGUUUGUUCGACUUUCAUAACAAUGUGAAGUUGCUCAAUGAUUUUUGAUUCCACUUGCGAAUCGACUCCACUGGCAUAGCUAGGUCGAUGAUGUUCUUCAAGUAUGAAGCAUAUACGAUGUUUGGUAAUAUUUUCUACAAUGUACCUAUAGAAUUCAAAUGCUUUCCGAACGCGGUCAAGAGUUUUCGGAUCCGAUCAAUAGAGGCUAACAUCAAAGGGAAACACAAUGUGACGCCAUCUUCUGAAGUCGCUUUCGCUUUUCUGGUACUACAAAUGCUGUAAUUUAUAGUCAUCCAACUGUCAUCCUUUAUUUAUUAUGUCACAAACGAUGCAAGUGUCGCACGGCUGCACAACCUAACCAACUUAUACUAGUUAGGACAACAAAUACUCUCCAGCCAAAGAAAUAAAAAUCAAUAAACAAAAAUGAAACAAUUAUAUGGUACUAGAGGGAGGCCGGAAUGAUAUGAUUGGUGAAAAGGAAAACCUGAUGAGGUGUACAUUACGAUCGAAAGCAACAGCGAAAGAGUCUCACGUUCCCUAAUUGAAAAAAGGAUGAAAAAACACACACAUACUUUCACACAUUAAACCUUAACCAAUAGGUGGUAAGAUAUUUUUCCCAAGCAACAAAAAAAGAAAAACAACAAAAAACAAAAAAGAAACUAGCAUAGGAAAGUAUUAUUAAAGAGGAAACAGUCAUUCGAGUAAACUAUUAAAAGAAGGCAGUAGAUAAAGAGAGGUGAGAAGAAUACAAAACACACUUUAUUUAUUUAUUAAUGCCGGAAGCUGUAUAAAUGUUGGAGGGAGAUUUGAAAAUGUAUAUUUUGUAUCAUUAUUGGAUAAUACUUAAUUAAUGCUAUGAUGGAAAAGAGAAACAAAAAUAAACACUAAAACAAAGCACACAAACAAAAAAUGAAAUUCGACACGUCUCUCUCUGUUUUGUUCCUAUUCAAUGGUUUUUGUGUUCGCGCUAAUGAUGCUUUCACCUACUGGUCUGGUUGCGGGCUAGUCUUUCUUUUUCCUCUGUUCGGAACACAGGUAUUCGUAACGUUAAAAUGGGAAGGAGCGGAAGGAGAAGGGGUGAAAGUGAAUGUGUGGGUUCUUCAAAGAUUACAAUCCUGUCAGCCAUUGAAAUGAUGCCAACCGACUGAGUCGCGCAGCCAUACACAAUCCACAGAUACACAGAAGACAUAGGACAUUGACGACGAGAAAGUUCCACUAGGUGUUUUAAUCUUUCGCUAUCGAUCCAAAGAGAAUGAUUUAAAACAAGACUGAUAGUAAACAACACUGAGCAGUCACAUCAAUCGGAAUCGGAAUACGCAAAAACAAAAUAUAAACAAGCAAAAGUAACAAAUCUUAAGAAGUGGGAUCGCGGUAAGCGCUAGCCGAUACAAUUCUGUUGAUGCGCAAAAUCAUCAAUGCAAGUAAAACUGUAAAUAUAGAUAAACCUGAUUAAAAACGAAGUAUCACUCACAGGUGUCGUAUAAAUCCUAAUUGAGAAAUACAAUCGACCCAGAAGCAAACUAGAAAUGCUAUUCGCUAUAGACGAAUCAGAGAAAAAACUGUUCCAUUUUUGGUUACUAGAAGAAGACGGUCAUUCGAAGUGUUCAGAAGAGGACUCGUUCGUUUUCGUAGGGUCGGCUUCUCCGAACCAAACGGUAAUUAGUUAGUGUCACUAUUCUGAUUUUGUUCCUUUCCUUUGUUUUGCUAUGUUUAGAUGGAAGAUUGGAAGUUCUUUGUUUUGUUAUGUUUAGACUAUUUGAAUGAAAAGCAAAACAGUAAAAGAAAACUAAGAAAUAAAUUGUUUCAAAAUAUUGAA